UAAGAUCUGUUAUAUUUAAUAGUAUUGUAGUAUUGGAUAUUUUUAUUGUUUUACGUCAAAUUUAUUGUAACAUUUAUCAAUAAUUGUUUUAAUUACCUUUUAAUUAACUAGUCAUUUACUUUUUAACACAAAAAUUUAGUGUUCUAAAUUUAAAUUAUAUUUUCUUAGUCAAUAUGGAGUGUAGUUUAGCCUCAACAUAUAAUAGUAGUUCUGCAAAGCCUUCUAGUGCUGUUUCGGGUAAUAGAAGUCCAGCAAAGUCUGGUUUACAUGUCAAUUUUACUGAAAAAGUAGAAGUAAAAGAAAAAAGAGAAAAAUUUUUAACAGCCAAGUACGGUGCCCACCAAAUGAGCUUAAUAAGGAAACGUUUAGCAGUCGAAAUGUGGUUAUUAGAAGAAUUGCAAAAACUUUAUGAUUUACCAAAAAGAGACCCAGCAGUUGAAGGAAUAGAGUGUGAAGUGGAAGUUGAUAUAGAUGAUCUAUUAGAUAUGGAUGACGACUGUCAACGUACACAAUUUCUUCAAAAACUCUUGUCAUCAGCAAAAUCUAAGGAAAAUAUCAAAGAAUUCAUCGAAAGAUUACUUGAAAAGAUUAAAACAUUAUAGAUAAUAACAGGCGGAAUUCAACUACAAUUAUUCAUCCGCCACGCUACCUCUUAACUGCCAAACAAGAAAUGUCAAAUCUUGCCCAUUAAAUAGCAUGCAUGUUGGAGAAUUUUUCAUUCUAGAAAAUUAUAAUAAAAAAUACCGUCCAAAUUUAAAAUAUGUAGUUUUGGGUAAUACAUCAUAAAGAGAAGCAAAAAGUGUAUAAACUAUAAAGUAAUAUUUUUUUUAUAUUUAUUCAAAUUGAACUUUUUGUUCAGUGUUUUAUUUAAUCAAUUAAAAAAAAAAUUGUUGUAUUAUUUUUCAUAAUGUUGAAACUUUACUAUUUAUGUAUGUGGUAGGGGCUUUUUAGAUUAAGUUCUGGACAUUUUCAUCUGUUUCAGUAAAAUGUUAAUUAUCAACUUGCAUAAAUAUUAUCUAGCCACGAACCUGUCAAUACUUUUAUAUUUAGUAAUAACAAGUUUGAUUUAUAUAAAAUUAUAUUGUAUAUAUAAAUGAACUUAUGGUUAAGUACCUUACUUGUUUUUCAAGUAUAUAUGUUUUUAACUUAAAUAUAUGAUAGGUAUGCAUUCACAUUCUCAGUUCUUAAGACUGAUCUUUUUAUUGCAAACAAAAGUGUAAUAUUUACUUACUAAAUUACUAGUAUAUUAUUAAUUAAAAUGCACAUUUCAACUUAAUAGUGUAGACACAGUAUAAAAUAAUGGAAUAAACUAUUAUAGUUAAAAAAUAUAUUUACAAUAUUACAGUUUAAAAGUAUUUUAUUAAUUUAUAUAUAUAUUAAUUGUUAUUUUUUUUUUUUAUUAUUUAUAUAGUAUAUUUUUCAUUAAUUUAUAUAAAAAAAAAUAACUUUAGUACAGCAUUGACUGUGAAAUUUAAGCAUAAAUUAUGAACUCUUAUACUUGUAUGUAAUAUAAUAUUAUAAGCUAAAUUGCAUUUUAUAUCUGUAUGUCGAUUGCUUGUUAUUUUUUUUUUUUAAUAUUAGAAAGUGAUAUUUUUGUUCUUGUACAAAUUAAUACUACAUACAUAUAAACGUCAAUUUACGCUAAGAGUACUUAGUUGCAAUACGUUUUAUCCUAUUUAGCAAAUUAUUUUCAUGUCAAUGACUAUUAAUGUUAUUCAUACCCAUAACCUCACCUUUGCCAUCACUUUCUUGUGCAGAAACAAGUUGCCAAUAAUUCCUCUUUGUGUAAUUGGGGUGUAGUUGUAAAAUAUUUAAAAUUACAUUUGUUUUUUUAAUUUAUAAAAAUGUAUGUAUUUUUUCUAUUUUAGCAGUUAUAAUAUAUUAUAUAAAUAGUAAACAA